CUCAAGUUAACAGCCUCCAGCAUUAUAGCAACACACAUCAUUCUAUUGUGUGCAUCAAUCAAUGGCAAGUUGUAGUAGAAGAAUAAGCCAUCUUUUUGGACUAGCUGCUGCACUAGUAGCACUACUGUUACUAGUUCUUGCUUGUGAAGCUAGCGGUAGUACGGUUGCAAGAAAUGGUGCAGGAUUUGUUAGGACUCAGGGUGCUCGUUUUGUUCUGAAUGGCUCACCAUUUCUCUUCAAUGGAUUCAAUUCCUAUUGGCUGAUGCACGUAGCCGCUGACCCUAGCGAGAGGCAUAAAGUGUCUGAAGUGUUGAGAGAUGCCUCCGCUGCCGGUCUCUCGGUAUGCAGAACCUGGGCUUUCGGCGAUGGAGGCGAUCGUGCACUUCAAAUAUCACCUGGAAUUUAUGAUGAACGUGUUUUUCAGGCGCUGGAUUUUGCGAUUUCUGAGGCAAAGAAGCAUGGAAUUCGUUUGAUAUUGAGUUUUGUGAACAAUUACAAUGACUUUGGGGGUAGAAGGCAGUAUGCUCAGUGGGCUCGAAAUGCAGGAGCACACGUCAACGGUGACGAUGAUUUCUACACGAAUCCCACCAUCAAAGGCUACUACAAAGAUCACAUCAGGAGAGUGGUGACAAGGUUCAACACCAUUACAAGAAUUUCGUACAGGGAUGAUCCCACAAUCAUGGCAUGGGAACUCAUGAACGAGCCCCGCUGCCAAGCUGAUUACUCCGGAAGGACAGUCAAUGAAUGGACUCGAGAGAUGGCAAGUUUCGUGAAGUCAUUGGACCGGAAGCACUUGCUGGAGAUUGGCAUGGAAGGAUUUUAUGGGGACACAAAGCCCGAAAAGAAACAAUUUAAUCCUGGUUACCAAGUUGGAACAGAUUUCAUAAGCAGCAAUCUCCUCAGGGACGUUGAUUUCGCCACCAUCCAUGCAUAUCCAGAUCAAUGGUUAUCUGGAAAAGAUGACAAAGCACAGUUGGUAUUUAUGCAGAGGUGGAUGUCAAGCCACUGGGAAGACUCGAGGACCAUACUGAAAAAGCCGCUAGUCAUCGCGGAAUUUGGCAAGUCCAGCAGAGAUCCAGGCUACAGCUUGAGAGCGAGAGACGAUUACAUGAGCAACGUGUACAGAAUAACAUACGGCUAUGCAAGGAGCGGAGGAACCAUGAGCGGAAGCUUAAUAUGGCAGCUCAUGGCCCAAGGAAUGGAUUCGUACGACGACGGAUACGCUGUUGUGUUAGGCCGGAAUCCUUCAACCACCGCAAUCAUGUCCAGACAAGCCCAUGCCAUGAGUGCUCUGUCCCAUUUGGUCGCCGGAGCUGAUGACGCCCACGGCCACGGCCAGGAGGCUCACCCAAGAUUGAUGAACCAUCGUCAUCCUUCCCGCAGAGCACUGCUUCAUCAUGCAAAGCAGCACGGCCAUCAUCGUUCGUCAUCCCUUCUCUGAGAGCAUUGGCUCUUGACGGGGUCAUAUUUGAUUAGUACUAUUAAAUUCUUGAAUAAUGAGAAUUGAUUUUGCAUUAAAUAUUUGUACUUCUUAAUUUCAAAGACGUACAAAUUUUUAGUGUGGCACGCAAAUCCUUGAUCGAUGCAUCGUCACCUUCAAUUAAUUUAAAAAGCUUGAGAAUCUGCAUGGUAAUUCUCAUGGCUUAAUGCAGGAUAUUCUAUUUGUUUUUAUGCAAAGUUGUAACCAAUGAAAUAAAAGUGUGAUUUACCUUCAA